GACCGUAACUACUUUUGACCAUCGCACGAAAUAAUCAAACUUGUUCUUUCUUUAAAUUUUAUAAAAUAUACAAAAAUGGCGCUAAGUGCUCCUGCCUGUAAGGAUACACAGGACUUUCAAUUUAAAGUGCAUAACAAAUAUGCGGCGUUCAAAAAAUGCGGCGAGCCCCGCAGCAAUGUGAAUCUUCUGGCGAUUUCCUGCAGCCGCGGCUUGCUCUUUGCCGGCAACCCCUCGCAGCCGGAACUUAAGGUGAUCAUGCUCGAGGAUUUGGCCAAUGCGAGCAAGUCGCUCGGCAAGCAGCCGCAGGCUAGGAGUGUGCCCCUGCCCAGCGUGCCCAACUACAUCUCGUGCAGUGCCGAUGGCACUCUGCUGGCGGUCAACUUCACACAGAAUGGCACUAGCCUGCUCAACAUAUACGCGGUGCAGACGUUCCUGGCUGCGGAUGUGAGGCUGGUGUACAGCAUUCGCCUGGCCAGCGAGGACUACAUCUAUGCCGUGCAGCUGCUGUGGAAUCCGGUCUUGCCCGGCAGUCUGGCCGUAGUGCUGAGCAACGGUGCCCUCGGCAUGUACACCCUGAAGGAGGGCGACACCUUUGAGAUGCAUUCACUGGACCAGAGUCAGCAGGUGAAGUGCGGCUGCUGGUCGCCCAAGGGAAAGCAGAUUGUCCUGGGCUUCCCCGGUGGCAGGAUACAGCAGUUCAAGCCGGAUCUCACACCAGCCAAGACAUUGGUGUGUCCACCCAACAUCCACGAUGCUCCGUUCGACACCAUCGCCAUUCAGUGGCUAUCGACGUACCAGUUCGCAGUGGUCUUCCUGCAGCAUGGCGAGGACUGCAGUCCCGCCCUGUACAUCUUGAACGCCCCCAAGGGGGGGUCGCCCAGCUAUAUCAACUACUACGACAUCUGCUACAGCCUCAACGGGCCGCGGAAUCAUCAGUUCUUCUUCAACCAUGUCGCCCAGUGGAACUUGCUUCUGGUGACCUCGGCCAAUGGCGUCGAAGUGGGUAUAAUGGGCACCUUCGAGGCUGGAGACACCCCCGUCUGGCAGCAGUUUACCCUGCUGGAUGAGGCGAGGAUCGAACUGCCGCUGAGUGAUGGCACCCAAGAGGAAACCUUCCCCCUCGGGUCUGUCUACGACACUUCCUCCACGCACCAACUGAUAAUCAACGAGCAGAAGCUUCCCACUUUCCCCAUGGUGCAUGUCCUGGGCACGGAUGGCACCCUUCUGUCCUUCAACUUCCUGAAUCUGCUCCCAGCAGCCCCCUCUUUGUGCUCCCCGCCUCCGCCAGUGUUUGACAGUUCAGGACUGUUCCGCCCGCUGGACACGCUGCUGCCAGCUGCCAGUGAGGAGGAGGCGGCUACACCACCGCCAGACCCGGAGCCCACUCAGUCCGCUCCCACGGACAUGUCCUUUGCCUUCUCACCGAACACGGUGACAUCUACUCCAGCUCCUGCCAAGGACAAGCCACCCUCGCUGUUCUCCGGCUUCGCAGCACCCGCAGCGAGUGCUCCAUUUGGUGUUUCUCCUUUUGGAGUUGCUUCAAUUGCUGCUCCAGCCGCGACAGUAGCCAGCCCUGCUUCGGGAUUCGGUGGCUUUGGUGCGCCCAUGACGACUGCAGCUUCAAGAUCGAUAUUCUCUGUGCCAAGCUCAGCCGCGACCGCGUUUGGUGUUCAGGCUUUGGGUAAACCCAACGCAAUGCCGAGUGUGGCCAGUACCGUCUCUGUGCCACCGUCUGCUGCGCCCAUCAACAAGCCCCUCUACACAGUUGGGCACACAUUUACGCCAGUGGCCACGAAGCAGCCAGCGGCAGCGGCUCCUUUGUCCGUUCCGUCCUGCCAGUCGCUGGAUAACACAGAGCCCAUCGUCAGGGACAUGAUAGCCUUACAGAUCGAAGCCUUCAACCAGGACAUUCAGCAGCAGAAGGCACUCACCACGGAGCUGCUCAGCACCAUUGCAGCUCCCUCGUCCCUCAAAAAGUAUGCCAAGCGCUUGGACGACCUCGAGGAGUUGAACGAGCAGGCCAAGGAUGUGGAGUUCGAGUUGGAUGUGCAAGGACUGCGCCAGGGUCUGCAUGAGGCCUACGCCAUAGUGGCUGAAUGCCGUGGCAAGCUGGAGGUAUACAGGAAGCCCGACAUCACACGGCUGAUGAACUCGAGUUCCUAUGAUCCGGCUGGACGCCGCAUGGUAGCUCGACUCCAGAGCUAUGUGGCGGCCAACGAGGCACAGCUGCGUCUGGUCCAGCAGCAAGUGGAUAUGCAGUGGGAGGAAUUUCAGGAUGUGUUGCGACGCAAGUCCAAGUCGAGCAUGCAUAUACCGUGUCUGGAAGGGAUCUACCAGCAGCUGUCGCGCCUCCAGAACCUUGCCUCCGACCAGAGGAUCAUGCAGAACCGCAUCAAGGCCAAGCUUAAGGAGCGUGGCCUGCUCCAGGCGGCUCUCCUCGACCAGGACAAGAGUCGCACUCGCACCAAUGAGGCUGUGGAAACGUUGGCUGACUCGAUUCUCUCGAUGAGUCUUAGCCAGGUCGUCGACUCGAAUGCUGCCAAGCUCACACAGCACAAGCUGCGUCAGAUACGAAACGUGGUGCAGCUGCAAAAGGUCACCAUCAUUAGUCCCCAGCGUCCAGAUCGUGUGGGUCUCAAGUCGGAGGUUAUACUCGAGACCAAGCGCAAGGCAGAUUUGGUCAAAAAGGCCGCCGCCAAGGCGACUACUGCCAACAAGGCCACCCAGGCGGCGGCAGCACCCGCACCCGCACCAGUCCCAGCCCCAGCCCCAGUUCCUGUUGCGCCUCAGCUACCAAAACCAACAGCGUCGAAGCCCGCUGUCAGCAUCCCGGCCAUCAGUGCUGCACCCAUCGCCACGCCAUUCGCCUUCAGCCAGAGCAGUCCGUUUGUAAAGACUUCGAGUGUGACCACGACAACGACCACGGUAAGCUCCGGAGAGGCUCCCAAGCCCGCUCUGUCCAUGUUCGGUGGUCUAAGCAGUGGAUCCGGCCCGAGCUUUGGGCCGGUAGGAGGCGGUCUUGCGUUUGGAGGACUUCCAGCAGGGGAGACAUCAAGUGGGGCCAAGCCGUCCCUCUUUGCAGGUUUUGGGUCUGGUAAGGAGGCCACAGCGAAGUCUACUCCUGAGCCAACAAAGGCGCAGGAUGCGCUAGCGAAGGAAACUACACCAUUUGCUGGUGAGGGCGAGCCAGCGAAGGCGCCGGAAACCCCAAAAGCGGAGACAGCUGGCAAGUCGUUCUCCUUCACAGGAUUCGGAGGAACUGGGGCUUCCAGCUCCGCAUUUAGCUUCGGAGGACUGGGCUCGUCCCUGGGUUUUGGCGGUGUGGCAAAGCCUGAUCCCACCAAUGCUGCAGUAACAUCAUCACCUUCUGCCGUUCCCCGUGGUUUGUUCGCUGCAGCUGCAACGAAGCCCAACGAAAUCGACACAGCUGUGAGCAGCAGCACCACCACCAAGCCCACGGCCACAUCCGCUGCCACUCUGGCUGCCGCUCCUCCCAUGCCAACAAGCAACAGCGGAGUGACCAGUACCGCCCCCAGCAGCUCUGAUUCCCUUGGCGGGCUCUUCGGAUCUGUCAAUAUUUGUAAGCCACAAACCAAAGAACCUUCCGGAGCUUCUGGGCAGCCUGGAAAUAUCUUUGAAAGUGGCUUUUCAUUUGGGGCACGCGGUGGAGAUGUGCCAAAGGGAUUAUUUGCGACCAUCACUCCAGUGACAACAGCAACAGAAACACCGGCAGCUGCAGCCCCAACUGUGGCCAAACCUGAGCCAGUGAGCACCACAACCGUAACAGGUGCACCAGCUGCCCCACCUGGUUCGACUGCUCCGCCAUCAACCAGUUCAACUGCAACUGUGGCUGCUGCAACUGCACCCACACCCGCACCCGCACCCACAACGGUAUCUGCCGCGCCAGUAGUGGUAGCGGUUCCUCCGAACACGAAUCCAGCUGCUGCACCAGCGGCUGUGACCUCAAGCACAGCCGUGCCAGGCAGUGCAUUCUCGUUCUCCAAUGCAUUCAGCAGCCUAGGCACCGCUCCAGCCGCUGCCGUGACUGCCAGCAGCUCCAGUGCCACCACCGUUAGCAAUGCAUCGUCUUCGGUAUUUGGAGGAUCUUUUUCGGCAGCAGCACCGGCAACAACCGCAGCACCAGUAGCCAGCAAUCCAUUCCAGGCGUCGACAACGGCUACAGCUGCACCCUCCACGAACCUUUUCGGAAAUGUGGCCAAGCCCGAGGCCAGCGUGUUCGGAAGCUCACCUGGACCCAAUCCCACUCCUGCUACAGCCGCUGCACCACCAAGUGGCCUCUUUGCUGCAGCAGCAAUCAGCAAUCCGGCGCCUUUUGGAAGCCCUACAUCGGGGACAGCCGCCUCUGGGGGCAACAUCUUUAGCCAGGCCAACAAGCCCAGUGUAUUCGGGCAGCCGGCUGCAGGAGCAAGCGGUGGUGCAUCUAUUUUUGGAGGUUCAUCCGGUUCUUCAUUUGGAUCGACCUCCAUUUUUGGUGGAACCAAUGCGCAAAGUCCUGUCAAUGCAGCCGCUGCAGAAAGUACAUCCAUUUUCGGUCAGAAUGUCUUUGGCCAGCCGGCUGCAGAAGCUGCGUCCCCAGUGGCAGGCGGUAAUAUAUUCGCAAAUCCGGUCGGCUCCAGCCAACAGCCGCAGCCCUCAGCUUUUGGUGGAGGCGGAUCUAUUUUUGGGGGACCGACGACGCCCAGCUCUUCGCCUGCUUCUGGUGGGUCAAUCUUUGGCGGUGGCAACAGCACUGGAUUUGGUUCAUUCUCCCAGGCUGCUCCUGCUUCUGGAGGUUUUGGCAGUGGCUUUGCUCAGGGCGCUGGAUCGUCAGUGGCCCAAUCCGGCUUUGGAUCCCCCCAGACGCCCCAGCAGCCUUCUCCGGGUGGAUUCGGAGCGAAGCCCGUAUUUGGUGGCUCUCCGGCCUUCGGGGCCAGUCCCACCUUUGGGGGUGGCGCAACAUUCGGCAGUCCCAAGGGAUUUGGUGGCUUUGGAGCCAGCCCGAACGUGGCCGCACCCCCAGCCUUUGGAGCACCUGCGAAACCGGCCGGAGGCAACAUCUUUGACACCUUGGGUGGACAGGAAUCUGGCUUGUCCUUUGGCAACCUGGCCCAGACUGGCAACCCCAAUGCCCAGAAGCCAGCUUUUGGCGGAUCGAGUUUCAUGAACUAUCGUUGAAUUUAUGUCCCGUUGCGUUUCAUUUCUUGAUUUGUUCUUCCUGUUUCGAUUAGAAUAUAACAUUUAAAAACUAAAUCCUAAUUAUAUGUGAAUGCUUAAAUAUAUUUCAACACAAGAUUAAAAGAUAAUAAAAUGCGCGAUUUA